CAGAUUAUUGUGCGACGACUCCGGCGGACGUCAGUUCCUGUUGAAGAUAAGGCCGGAGACGGACGGAGGCUGGCAAGAGCGGACAGGUUUCUGAACAGGAUCCGUGACUUCUCGCUCCUGUCUGUGUGAGUUAUGACCAGGCUUUGAAGUUUUUUUUUUUUUUUAGCUUGAUACCAGAAAGAAGAACCCAUGAUUCCUAUCUGCCCUGUAGUUUCAUUCACCUAUGUGCCCAGCCGGCUGGGUGAAGAAGCCAAAAUGGCUACUGGCAACUACUUUGGAUUUACCCACGGUGGUGCAGCUCAGUACAGCCAACAGCCAGCAUCAGGAGUUGCCUAUUCCCAUCCAACGACUGUGGGCAGUUACACUGUGCACCAGGCUCCAGUAGCUGCUCACACUGUGACAGCAGCAUAUGCCCCUGCAGCAGCCACCGUGGCUGUAGCCCGACCUGCACCAGUCGCUGUGGCCGCCGCUGCUACCGCUGCAGCUUAUGGUGGUUACCCCACAGGUCAUACAGCGACAGAUUACGGCUAUGCUCAGCGGCAACAAGAGGCUCCGCCGCCGCCACCUCCUGUCACAACGCAGAACUACCAGGAUUCAUAUUCUUACGUGAGGUCUACGGCGCCAGCUGUAGCCUAUGACAGCAAGCAGUACUAUCAGCAGCCGACUGCAACUGCUGUAGCCGCUGCUGCCCAGCCCCAGCAAUCUGUGGCUGAGUCCUACUACCAGACAGCUCCUUUCGCCUUGUCUCUUCCAGUUGCUCCCAAGGCUGGCUACAGCCAGGGUGCUGCACAGUACACUCAAGCGCAACAGACUCGUCAAGUAACAGCAAUCAAACCUGCCAACCCCAGUCCGGCUACAACUACCUUCUCUAUUUACCCUGUAUCCUCCACUGUGCAACCUGUUGCUGCUGCAGCGACUGUGGUACCCUCCUACUCUCAGAGCGCCACCUACAGCACCACUGCUGUUACUUACUCUGGUUCAACCUACUCUGGUUAUGAAGCUGCAGUGUAUUCGGCUGCAUCUUCCUAUUAUCAACAGCAGCAGCAACAGCAAAAACAAGCCGCAGCCGCUGCAGCUGCCGCCGCCACAGCCGCCUGGACCGGGAGCAACUUUACUAAAAAGCCUCCGUUUCAGACUAAGCAACUUAAGCCUAAGCAGCCGCCCAAACCACCUCAGAUCCAUUACUGUGAUGUCUGCAAGAUUAGCUGUGCUGGACCUCAGACCUAUAAGGAGCAUUUAGAAGGACAAAAGCACAAGAAAAAAGAAGCUGCCUUAAAAGCCUCCCAAAACACAACCAGCAGCAGCACAGCUGUCCGUGGGACCCCGAACCAGCUCCGCUGUGAGCUUUGUGAUGUCUCUUGCACAGGGGCAGAUGCAUAUGCUGCCCACAUCAGAGGUGCUAAACACCAGAAGGUUGUAAAGCUGCACACCAAGCUUGGCAAACCCAUUCCGUCAACUGAACCAAAUGUUGUGAACCAAUCUGUCACUUCAGCAGCUGUCUCCAAGCCGGCUUCCUCAUCCAACAGUACAUCCAGCACGAACGGGAGCUCCACUGUUGGCACUCCUGCUGGGAAACUGCUUACGUCAACUUCUAGCUCCUCUCUUGGCUCUUCAGGUGCAAGCAAAAUGUCUGCCAUCACCUCUAACAGCCUCGUUAAGAAGAUAACCACACCAAAAAUAACUUUUGUAGGUGGGAAUAAGUUGCAGUCGACUGGAAAUAAGGCAGAAGAAAGUAAAAUGGCAGACAGUGUUAAAGUUGCAUCAAAUUCCAGCACACAGUCACAAGAAGUCAAAAUGGAUCCAAUGUCAGAAGCUGCUCAGACCCUGGCGGCCCUUCAGAGUGAUGUCCAGCCUGUUGGCCAUGAUUAUGUUGAAGAGGUUAGAAAUGAUGAAGGAAAAGUUAUCCGAUUCCACUGCAAGCUAUGUGAAUGCAGCUUCAAUGAUCCAAAUGCGAAGGAGAUGCAUCUAAAAGGAAGGAGGCACAGGCUGCAGUACAAGAAAAAAGUCAAUCCGGAUUUGCAAGUGGAAGUAAAGCCUAGUAUUCGAGCCAGGAAAAUUCAGGAGGAGAAGAUGCGGAAACAGAUGCAGAAAGAAGAGUACUGGAGAAGGAGGGAGGAAGAGGAGCGGUGGAGGAUGGAAAUGAGGCGCUAUGAAGAGGACAUGUAUUGGAGGCGUAUGGAGGAAGAGCAGCAUCAUUGGGAUGACCGACGAAGAGGCACGGAUGGCGGCUAUCAUCAUGGCCCACCAGGAUUAUUGGGAGUGAGACCAGGAAUGCCCCAACCUCAAGGACCUGCUCCGUUGCGCAGACCAGACUCUUCUGAUGACCGAUAUGUUAUGACCAAGCAUGCUGCAAUAUACCCAACCGAGGAAGAACUUCAGGCUGUGCAAAAAAUAGUGUCCCUUACAGAGCGAGCACUUAAGCUGGUGUCUGACGUAAUGGCGGACCAGGACAAGAGUAAGGAGAAAGAGACUGAGGAGAAGAAAGAUCCAACCAAGGAAAGAGCUCUGAAAGGAGUUUUGCGUGUUGGUGUUUUGGCUAAAGGCUUGCUUUUACGCGGCGACAGAAACGUCAGUCUGGUACUGCUCUGUGCCGAGAAACCAACUAAGACUUUACUAACCCGAAUAGCUGAAAACCUUCCCAAACAGCUUUCCGUAAUAAGUCCUGAAAAGUAUGAGGUGGACUGUUCUAUUCCCGAGGCGGCCAUUAUUCUGAAUUCUUGUGUGGAGCCUAAAAUGCAGGUCACCAUAACCCUGACCUCUCCAGUUAUAAGAGAAGAAAGCAUGAAGGAUGGAGAUGUAACCUCGGUUAUGGUGAAAGACCCACCGGACGUCUUGGACAGGCAAAAAUGCCUUGACGCUCUGGCUGCUCUACGCCACGCUAAGUGGUUCCAGGCUAGAGCUAAUGGAUUGCAGUCCUGUGUCAUUAUCAUCCGUAUCCUGAGGGACUUGUGCCAGCGUGUGCCCACAUGGUCCGAUUUUCCAAGCUGGGCCUUGGAGUUGUUGGUGGAGAAGGCAAUAAGCAGCUCGUCGGGCCCCCAGAGCCCUGGUGAUGCGUUGAGGAGAGUCUUUGAGUGUAUUUCUUCGGGCAUUAUUUUAAAGGGUGGGCCCGGUUUACUUGACCCAUGUGAAAAAGAUCCUUAUGACACUUUAGCUACUAUGACUGAUCAGCAAAGGGAGGAUCUCACUUCCAGUGCACAGUUUGCACUAAGGCUGCUCGCCUUCCGACAAAUCUACAAAGUGCUGGGCAUGGAUCCACUGUCUCAGAUGAACCAGCGCUUUAACAUUCACAGCAACCGCAAGAGACGGCGAGACAGCGACGGCGUGGACAGCUUCGAAGCAGAAGGGAAGAAAGAUAAAAAGGAUUACGAUAACUUCUAAAUGAAAAGCCGAGCUUCAUGAGGCAUCUCGUCUCCUGGAGAAAUACAUUUCCACUAACAGGAGAGGUUUCAUCCCGUCUGCUGCAGGGUUACAUGUCCUGAUGCCUUCAUCUUGUUGUUACCUUGCUCCAGGCUCUGAUGUUUCAUCUCCGGAGUUGUUAAUAGGUUAAAUAUUUGUAUAGUUGUUAAAAUUGACGCGUUCCUUUCCCCUGCCUCCAUACUGCUGGUGAAUCUGUCCUGGUGCCGAGGAUAGUGUGCGCCCACACAAUGACUUGACAUCGGGACAGCUUUACACUUUCCAUUUUAAGCUUUGGGUGGUCGGUGUCUCUUUAUAGGCAGUAGUUGUAUUUAAUUUUCAGCCGUGUUUUUAAGUUUCGUGUUGUGUUGUAUGACAUAGCCGGCAGGGGGAAGCCUUCUUUAGUUGUAAGUUACAUGAAUAGAUAUGGCAUGUGUCCUCACUAAUUUCUUAUUUUAUGUUUCCUUGUAAAUUGAAUCCACUUGGAUGCAUUGUGUGAAGACUAAAACACAUUCUUUGCUUUUGUUUCUCUUCCCCCCCCCCCCUCCUACUUUUGCAAUUUUUAGCACUCAGAAGUAAACGUCUCUGGAAAUCUUGUGGCAUUUUGUCUCAAUGGGUUGAAUAUAUAUAUAAUUGUAACUAAGGCAGCUUUCUAUUUGCGUUUAGUUGUGCUAGGGACUGUGUAAAGCGAAUCUAUAACCAUAUUACACAGUUUUCUGGCACCCAAUGCUCUUGUGAUGCAUGAUUAUCACUUUAAGUUUGCUUUUAUAACCAUUAGAUCUGUUUGCAAACUAUUCCUGUUUUGAUAUAUAGAAAACCUAACGUGAACAAGGCUCCAGUUAAUGGUAAAGAGAAACCAGUACAUUGUAGAAGCUUGUGUGUUUACAAGGUCUGCAAGCUGGGUGUGCUGGGAAUUGUCUCACAACUCCGAGCAUGCGCUGACAGUCUCUGGCUGCGAGGGCAUGUUGGGAAAUAAUGAUGGACAACAGCUGGAGGCCCGUAGGAUGCAUUGACGUGAUUUAGAGAAUGGGGGUUCUCAAUAGGUCAACUCCUGUGUUGUAAGGCCUGGCAUUCAUAAACUGAAGGUAACCUGGGUAUGUAACAUAGUACAUAAGGCCAAAAAAAAGACAUUUGUCCAUCCAGUUCGGCCUGUCAUCCUGCAAGUUGAUCCAGACGAAGGAAUUGUGGUUUCAGCAAUUCCAUUAUAUAAUUAAUACAUUCAGAAAUACUGCAAAGCUGCUUUGAGGAUCUGUUGGAAGAUCUUUUUGCGGUGGUCUAUAAGUUAGAUCCCAUUUGCUUUAGUAACUUGGUAAUUAAACUUGGCCAUUCUCAGCCUUCACUUCAACAAGUCUCCAUAUUAAAGUCCUUUUCAACUGAGUUCACCAAUCAUAGACAAGCUCAGCCUUUCCUGUGACUGCUUUAGGGGUAGGUUCACACUGAGUUUUGUUUUUUUGGAGCAGGUUUUUUUUCCAGACAAAGCCAGAAGUGGAUUUGAAAUGAAUAAGAAAUAUCAAGGAAGGACUUUGUAUUUCUCCUUCCUGCUGGCUUUGGUUGAUAAACAUGCCUUAAACCUGUGUGAACUUACCUUUUUGUACUUGAGUAGUGUGAAUUAUGUGGUCCCCUCUCCACUUUUUUUUUUUUUUUAAGCUGCCCACAUGACACCUGAGCUCCCGAUAUACCAUAAAGGUCUAUGGUGGGAAUACUACUUUAAGCUGGUUGAUGUCAGUCUGCAGCUUUUUGUGAAUGUAGCAAAAUUGAUCCAUCAUUUCCUGCUCUGUUCACCAAAGCCCGCCCCCGAGGAGCCGACUGCUUGACACACAGGUUUUCUUUAUGCUUCUCUUCAAUCGUUUGUAGUCACACUCCUCCAUAAGAUCAGAACUCCUACUGAAAUGGCAAAACCCAGCAGCUGCCCCUAAUGCUUCCAUGGGUUUACCAUUCACCACUGUGAAGGGGUCAUGGUCUCUGUGCCACAGGCCACAAAAUAACAUGCCUUAGACUGCAGAAAAAGGACAAAUGAUUUUCACAUUAAUGGCUGACCUGACUUUUUGGUCUGCUUCAUAUUGUCCAAUCAUUUGGUGCAGAGACUUGAUACAAUCUUUUGCACUGGCCAAACACAUACAGCAGCUGUCAGCUCACCAGGUGUCCACCCAGCAAUCUCCAUAAAUUAAUUGUGUGCAUAUAUUUCUCGGUGAGUAGAGCGAGACAAGCUGACAGUCAUGGUGGUGGUGCAGUUUCCACUAUAUUAUCUUUGAUUUAUUUUGCUAAGGCUAGGGUGACACAAGUCACAAUAUAACUGUAGGAUAACUAUAACUUGUCACAUCGCUUGGAAUUCUUUCAAUGAUAUUGGGUUACUGGGUCAUUGUGGGUUAGGGCUGUGGAGUCUUGGCCUAAAGCAGUGAUACCCCAACAUUUGGUUCUCCAUCUGUUAUAAAACUACAGCUCUCAGCAUGCUCUGGGAGAUGUAGUGUUGCACCAGCUGGAAAGCCGUAGGUUGGGAAUCGGUGGCCUAAAGGAAAUGUGUCCGCCCUAAUGAUCCGUUCUAGUGCAAAUAGUGAGGCGAGUACAGUGCGUCAGUCCAGCCUUACUGCUACUAACUUUCUACCUGUUUUUAGUGUCCCAGCAAAGUUACUUGAGCGUCUGAAGAAGCUUUUGGUUCGGCCUUUGUUCAUCAGGGAUCUCAUGCGGGUUGCAUCAUAUGCUGUCCAUGUGAACUCUGCCAGUAAAACCAUUUGUUGUCAGCACAGCAGUGAAAUAAAUUUGGAAGUGGACAAUCUGGA